GCCAAUCCUCUUUCUUCUACAACUUAUCCACACGAUCAGGGGGAGCACUAUCGAUUGUUGGAACUAUGGACACAUCCGCACUGCUUUCCCGCAUCGUUUUGCUGCUCUCCGUCAUAGGUGCAGCUCACGGCUCCAUCGGCCAUCAUGGCCACCGCUGUUCCUUUCAUUUUCAGGAGUAUCUCCCGUCAGCAUUUGAGCAGCUGUGGCUGAGCAACUCUCCCAGCUGGGGUGCUUCUGCGAAGGCGUUCUGCGAUGCCGUCAAGUCUCAAGAAGCCAUCAUCAAUCAGCUGCUGAUUGAAGCUACUAUCGAGAAGGUUAUGCAUCCAAGCACGGAGGAGGUUCCGCACGAAUUUCUCAGCCGGUUCAAAUAUUUGCGGAACUGCUCUACUGGAACUCCUGGCACGUACAAGAGCACCAUUAUGUACUCGUAUAUUGAACCUCUGGCCACUUCUCUGAGACAGCCCGCGUCAUUCUGUCUGGGCGGCGAUAUGCUGGGGCGAAAUCAUUACUUGUUGAGUUCCGGCUUUGACCCUACAGGAAUUAUAGCAAACAUUACAGGGAGGGUGUUCAUGUUUGAUCUUGGUGCGUCAACCUGGGCUCAAGGCGCUGGCGGUUCGUCUCAGGACUUCUUCUAUAACACCUACAAGGAGCAUGGGCUUGAGAUUAAUCGAAUGUUGAUGUGGGAGGUUACCAAGUACAACCCCGCGAAGUUGUUCGACGAAGUUCCGGACGAGGCGUUUCACGCUUAUCAAUACUUCAACAUUCCUGCCAAUCUCGAACCAGGCAACAAGAAGAACCCGCUGGAAAUUUUACGGAAAAUAGCUCAUCCCGACGACUUCGUGUUGGUCAAGCUCGAUAUUGACAACUCGUCCCUUGAGAACGCCUACAUUGCCCAACUACUGGCCGAUCCCGCGCUUCUGUCGCUUGUGGAUGAGAUGUUUUUUGAGCAUCAUGUUAACUUCGAGCCACUUUGGCGAAACUGGGGUUCAUCCGCAGACAAAAACCUAUUCUUAGCUGACUCGUACAAGCUGUUCUUCUCGUUCCGGCAGAAAGGUGUACGCUUCCAUGGCUGGCCUUAACCCGUGUGUCAGUUGACAGGACGCCACCCGGAUACCAUUCCUGGGUGAGAGCAGACUAGACCACCGAAAUCGCGACAUGUAACGUGUUACGUCU